GCGAUGAAUUUUGAAUUUGAGAGGGAGAUUGGGUUUAUAAACAGCCAGCCUUCCCUCGCAGAGUGCCUGACGUCUUUUCCCGCUGUCCUGGAGUCAUUUCAAACUUCAUCAAUCAAGGACUCGACAUUAAUUCCUCCUCCUUUUGAGCACACCAUCCCAAGCCUGAAUCCCUGUUCUAGCAGCCAGGCGCGACCGAGGAGCCAAAAACGACUUUCAAAUGGCCUCCUGCUCCGGACGGCGGCACAGCAGGGCCCAACACCGGCGGCGAACAACGGCCCGCCUGCACCCAAGUUCCCAUGGAUGAAGGAGAAGAAAUCAUCAAAGAAGAGCCUGCAAACGGCAAAUGCAACCAUCGUCUCCUCCCCCACUUCGGCUUCCUCCGGCUUAGCAGCUUCGGGGUUGGAGUCUCCGACAGAGGCACAGAAUGGUUUGGACAAUGGAAGUAGCUCUCGACGACUUAGGACAGCCUACACAAAUACGCAGCUCCUGGAGCUAGAGAAAGAAUUUCAUUUCAAUAAAUAUCUUUGCCGACCGCGUCGAGUUGAAAUCGCUGCAUUGCUGGAUCUAACCGAACGGCAGGUUAAAGUGUGGUUCCAGAACCGGAGGAUGAAGCACAAGCGACAAACGACGCAUCAUAAGGAGGGACAGGAAGGGGAGCCCAGUGGGUUUGAACUCAUGGAAGGAGGUGUUGCAGCCUCUCCUUUUUCUAGCCAACAUUUGGACACGUCUGGCUCUACCCUCUCGGAAAACGAGACGCCGACUUAUUCCAACAGCAGUGACAAUAACCAGCCUACACCAGAGAGGACACAACCAACCAUCCAGAAGCGUACAUCAGCUCCGGACAAAACUGUGAGGUCCCCCCCGUAUCCAACGCCCACUGUAGAUAACCUUCCUACAAUGGACGAUGGCUGUGCAUCUGGCCCAGAUAAUUCGUUUUCAGAGUCACAGGAUGCUACCUCCCUCCCGGAUUUGAAUUUCUUUUCUACCGACUCCUGCCUACAGAUUUCGGACACAUUGUCGCCUAGUCUACAAAGCUCGCUCGACAGUCCAGUAGAUUUUAGCGAAGAAGACUUUGAUUUGUUCACGAGUACCCUUUGUACUAUAGAUUUACAACAUUUGCAGUUCUAGCUCAGAAGUAAUAUAAUAAGUAAUAGAAUAACAAGCCAAUAUUUACUUUAGUUGCAAGGUUACAUUUUAGUUAUGAACUGCUUAUAAUCUGAAAACUAAACAAAUUUGUGAAACAUGUAAACAUUUAAUUGAAGUGUAAUUGCAUCGGGACUGCACUGUGCAGAUGUCAGCUAUUUAAUUGGUUUGAAUUUGUUGUAUCUUAUUUGGAUUAAUUUAUGGACCACAUAGGAGAGCGGCAAAAGGUCAGUGUAGCCUAAACUCAAUCGUUGAACUCUCAGGAAAAAUAUCGG